AUGGAAAAUUACAAUCAAACAUCAACUGAUUUCAUCUUAUUGGGGCUGUUCCCACCAUCAAGAAUUGGCCUUUUCCUCUUCAUCCUCAUUGUUUUCAUUUUCCUGAUGGCUGUAAUUGGAAACCUAUCCAUGAUUCUUCUCAUCUUCUUGGACACCCACCUCCACACACCCAUGUAUUUCCUACUUAGUCAGCUCUCCCUCAUUGACCUAAAUUACAUCUCCACCAUUGUUCCUAAGAUGGCAUCUGAUUUUCUGCAUGGAAACAAGUCUAUCUCCUUCACUGGGUGUGGGAUUCAGAGUUUCUUCUUCACGACUUUAGCCGUUGUAGAAGCGCUACUCCUGACAUCAAUGGCCUAUGAUCGUUGCAUUGCUAUUUGCUUUCCUCUCCACUAUCUCAUCCGCAUGAGCAAAAGAGUGUGUGUGCUGAUGAUAAUAGCAUCUUGGAUCAUAGGCUCGAUCAAUGCUUGUGCUCACACUGUAUAUGUACUCCAUAUUCCUUAUUGCCCAUCUAGGGUUAUCAAUCAUUUCUUCUGUGAUGUCCCAGCAAUGGUGACUCUGGCCUGCACAGACACCUGGGUCUAUGAGGGCACAGUGUUUUUGAGUGCCACCAUCUUUCUCGUGUUUCCCUUCAUUGGUAUUUCAUGUUCCUAUGGCCGGGUUCUCCUUGCUGUCUACCACAUGAAAUCUGCAGAAGGGAAGAAGAAGGCCUACCUGACCUGCAGCACCCACCUUACUGUAGUAACUUUCUACUAUGCACCUUUUGUCUACACUUAUCUACGUCCAAGAUCCCUGCGAUCUCCAACAGAGGACAAGGUUCUGGCUGUCUUCUACACCAUCCUCACCCCAAUGCUCAACCCCAUCAUCUAUAGCCUGAGAAACAAGGAGGUGAUGGGGGCCCUGACACGAGUGAGUCAGAGAAUCUUCUCUGUGAAAAUGUAG